GUCGACAACCUGCGCCGGGGAGGACGGUGAGCGAUGGCGGUGUCUCAAGCGAAGCCAGGGAAAGAGGGCGAUGACUGCUCAUUGCUGCCUUUAGUUCAUGAUAUUAUCAAAUGCAUGGACAAAGACAACCAGGACGUCCACCAAGAGCUGGCCAAGCUGAAGACAAAGAUCCAGGAGGCUCGGGAGCAGAUCUCCAACAUGCCCGGGGUGGACAGUAGUCCGCAGGAGCAGCAGCAGCAGCUGGCUACGCUGCGGGAGCAGGUCCGCACCAAGAACCAGCUGCUGCAAAAAUACAAAAGCCUGUGCAUGUUUGACGUGCCUAAAGCAUCUUGAACCCGGAGACUGGAUUACUGCGCUGACUGGAGUGAGCUCACAGACCGUACAGCUGCAGAAGGACGUUUUGGUUUCAUCCUCACCUUUGGGGCAGGUUUCUGGAGGAUUCAAGAGAUGGACGUUCAAAUGAGCGUGGACUUACCUCAGUUGCAUUGGUGUUUUUGAACGUCACACAUUGUCUUUUUUCCCUUUUUUGUUGUAAGAAUGCAAAUUAUUUAAUAUUUGUAUCAAAGGUAGUUUUUUAGUGCAGCAUUUCUUAUAAUUUAAUAUCUUGCAGUGUUCAUACUUUGUAAUAAACAUGAGUUGAUUAAGAA